AAGUAGACAACACAACAUUGGGUCAAGUAAAAGAAAAUGAUAAUCUAUGAUCAUUGAAGAAAAACUGGAGUUUGCCUUCAUAAAUUUUUCUUCUUGGAUUAGAUUUUUUUGUUACAAACUAUGUAACAUAAAAUGAUAUGCUCACCACAAAAGCGCCAUCGAGCAACCGAGCGUCCAAAUGAUGCUGACUGGCCAUACUUGAACCCUCUAAAGUCACGUAGAACGUUGUAGCGCCCUCACCUUGCUUCACGGUGCUAAAGACUCACACAAUAACCAGAAACCCAAACAAGCAAAACGUGAGUCAGGGGAAGAUGCAGAGAGCUGGUCAACAACAAAUUCACGCCCCCAAAACAAAAACCUACAUUCUCGCUGUGUUCUAUGUUACCAACAUAGACCAUACACCACUCACACCGAUGGGACCAAUGUCUGCCCCAUCAUUCUAUGUUAUUGUGCCCCACAAAAGCCUUCUUCUCGUGAACGCCCGAUGGCGGCGGGGCUGUACCAUCAUGAGUCAUGAGCUUUAAAUACCGGCACUUCCGUUGCAUUGUACACUGUGGAAUGUGCAUUUCGUGCGCAAUCCGUGUGUGUGUGAACAACGUGCAACGGGUGACAAUUCAUGCGAAGCCUGACUCACCAGAACACGCCAUCACACACGCAGCAGCAGCAACGCGGAGCACGGUUAAACGAGAAUGCAACCAAUUUCGCUUCUCACUACUCGUGCCUCUCGUGUCGGUGUAUUGGUAGUAGCAGCUGGGUUGGAGCCGGUCGUCGAGUGCCGCCGGACACGCUGACGCACGAAGAAGGCCUAUAGCCUACACCCCAACCCUCAAGCGAGCGUGGGACCGUGGGAGAAGAGGGCGCGAGUUGAACGUUCUGGAGCUUUGCGUGCGUUUGCACUAUAUCGUGCACACCACUACCACAGCACGCCGUGGUGCGCUCCGCUGAGGACACUUAACGGCCCCCGGCUCUCCCGUGGUACACGGUGGGGAGCGAGGUGUGCUCGAAGUUGCACGAACGCAAACCGGGCACGGGAGAUCGUCGUCGUGUAUAGCUCCGGACGACCGGACGAUGGAAAACGGUGCAGGCAUAAGGAAGAAAGCAAACAAAGAGCGUCGAGAGCGUUGGAGAGCGAUCGGUUUUGGUUGGUCAAGAAACUAGUUUUUAUCCCGGGGCGGCCCGCACGACGACGACAUACGGUGGGGCGAGGAAAGCCGGGCCGGGCCGGGCCGGGCCAGAACCCCACCGGCAGAAGGAGAAGAAAAAGGAAGAAGAAGCGCUAGUAUAGUAAUCACGCGAAAUCGCCAUCGCCAAAGCCGAUUUGCGGGAGCAUCCCGAUGUGCGUCAGUCGCGUGAAGAUGGUUUUUGGAGGGCAUCUUAAUUGAAUGCUGGCCAGAGCUAACUCGGUCCAGCCAGUCCGCAAUACUGUUCGCAAACUCUGCUAACACUUUGCAGUAGUAUUAGUUGCUAAUGGCUAGAUCCGAUACAUUUUGAGCUGCACUCCAACCUCGCUAUGUCCUUGGUCAUGCCAUUCCCCUCUAGUGUAGCUUCAGGUAUGGUUGGUCCGGUGUCACGGACACUUAUUGCCAGAUAUUCCCUGGCCAGAAAACCUGCUGGCUAGCUUUUAGAAAAAGGAGGAACCCAUUCUUCCUCUCUCGCUCGCUCGCACCCACAUGGAGCUGACCGAAGAGGAGGAAUGUGCCUUCCCUUCCGCCGUUCAGAGGAUGUUGCUGCUGCUUCCCAGCCCAGUUCACCGGUCCUCACAUUUACGACCACCGUGCACACACGCACACACACACGCGCGCAUGCAGGGAUGCGGGCGCAGGUAGGCAGCAAAAAGGAAUUGGACAAUUUCCGUGACUCCUGGCACGGCUAUUGGGAGGAGAGAGAGAGCGCAUGUGUGUUAGAGAGAAAGAGCACGUUUCCAACCCCCCGUUCCCCGUCAACAAGGUAGAAGGAAGUAACGAAAAACGUGACCUGCUGCGAUCCGACGACCAUCUCGCGUGUACGAGCCGUGAAGUAGUAGAGGGCGACGGCAAGAAGCAGAAGCAGUAGGCAGCGUUCUAGGGCAGAGAAGGCACACGGGCAGUGUGCGGGUGCGCCGGAGGGUCGCUUCGUUGGCGUCGUGCGUGCGAGGAGCGCAUUCGUGCUCCGGUGCUUAUAAGCGGAGAGCGAGAGAACUCUCACAUCGGUCGUGGCCAAUUCGAUGGCCGCCGCCGCCGCCGUAGCCAUCGCCGUCUCGGAGCGGUUCGGUGCGCGUCAUUUUGCUGCGGUCCUCCCGAGAGAGAGAAGCAGAGCGGUGGUCCGUCCAUCAUCACCGUCAUCAUCACCGAAUUCCCGGCGCGCGACAACAAGCAACGUGAACGUUGUGGUGUAUAGAGCGGGCCUCGCAUCCUAUCAUCUUAUCAGCCUCGCCUGCCGUUCGCGUUCGCGAAUUGCGUGCACGACACAGGCGCAGGAAGUGCUACACGGCGGUGGUGCACGAACGGACGGAGUGUUUCUGGAUUGUGAUUCUGAACCGUCGUGAAUCAAUAAAAGGGGGCCGCCGCCGUCUUCGUGCGCGAGUGUGUCACGGUUUGUGGUGCGGUGUACGUUUGUGGUAGUGUGGAACGUGCGUGAUGUGGCUGUGCGCAUCGGCCGCUGCUGGAGCGGGAACCGGGACCGGGGUUGUGGUGCCGUGCCGGGGUUAGAAGCAGGAAGACGGGUAGCAGCAAAGAGUGCGCGACAAACGGACAGGUUGGCACGACGGGCAUUAUGGCGUCAUCUCACGCACACAGUGCACGACGACGAAUCGAGCGACACAACAGUCGACCACAACAGCAGCAACAACAACAACAGCAGCAACAGCAACCACCGACGUUCUACCAGCGGCGUCGACCGUGAAGCACGUAGCCUCCUGUGUGUUUCCCCGGCUGUGCGCCCUUCUUAUUAUUGUUGUUGUUGUUGUGUUGUACGCUGCUACAGGGCCCGGAGCAGAGCAGUGUGCUGUGCGUGACAACGUGAGGGGUUGCGUAGAACGGUUGAGGGGUGCUCCGUUGCGUUUCAACAACAUCACGCACACACACGCACGCACGUUCACAAACAAUCGGGGCGUGCAACGGUGACAGCGCCACAGUGACUGCGUAGCUGUAGCGAAAGCCUUUUCAAGGUGGCCACACACCACAAGCAUCGUGAACUCGACGGGCAGACCAGGCAGUGGUUGUUGUUUUUUUUGCAAGAGCGAUUGCGGAAGAGAAAGGACACCGGCAGGGCCGUGUCACACGGAACAAACAUUCCUUCGAUUGCUGUGUGUAGGAAAGAUAAGGCGAACAGAGAGACAGUGAGCGAGCGAAGAAGAGACAAAACCGAAACGCAAAGAACGUGGACAGGAGCAGGACAUUCCAUUCGACCAAAACGCGGUGGCGCCGCUCUGGAGGCGGAAACGUGUUCGUUCGUUCGCUCGCGCCCUAAGCCUCUAGCGCGGCUACGACAAUGCGUCGUGAUCUACAGCACCAGCACCAAUCGGUACUGACGAUGGCAUCUCCGCCGCCACAUCCACCUCCGCAACAAAUGCUGCAACAGCCUUCACCUUCGCCACCACAACCGUCGUCGGUAGUAACCGUAGUAGCAGCAGAAGUAGCAGAAGUAGCAGCAGUAGCAGCAGCAGCAUCCCACCAAGUGUCAUCCUCAUCCUGCACACAAGCCUCCUCACCGUUAGUAGGCGCGGUGGAAACGACGACAACGACGACCACGACGACGAAUUCGUUGCCAUCCAGCGGCAUUGUCGGUAAUGGCGACGACGAAGAGUGCCAUGCCGCAGCGAUGAUGAUGAUGAUGGUGGACACGGCAACUAGUGCCGACAUCGUCGGCACCGUGACUGCUACCGACGAUCAUGAUCAUCAUGAUGAUCAUCAUCAUCAUCACCAUCACCAUCACGAUGAGAAUGGUCACGAUAGUAGUGGCACGACGACGAGUAGCAGUGGCACGAGCACCAGCUCUAGUGCCAGCACUUCCCCGAUCUCGGCACCUUCCUCCUCCGCUUCCUCGACCUCCUCGUCCAACUCAUCAUCGGCGGCGAUCUGUGCGGCGUCCUCACUACUCCUCGCCACUAAUGGGGGACCCGGUGGUGGACUCGGUGGUGGCCAACAGCAACAGCAGCACCACCACCAACAGCAACAGCAACAGCAGCAGCAGCAGCAGCAGGUCAUGUACCUGCCGGUCGAGCUGACCAACAUCAAGGAAGAGCUACCGGAACCAGAGAUACAGGCUGACACGGAGAUUUCGCUCGACGAAGGGCAUGCACUAGCGCAGGCACUGGAAGACAUUCCCAACGACGAAGCACCACCACCGGAGCCCGAGGUGCAGAUCCGGGCCGGCAAGGUGGACGAAUCAUUCCGUAAACUCACCUCCGAAGGAUGUAGUGUUGGUGGUACCGGUGCCGCUGCUGGCACUGGCGGUGGCACAGGAGCCAUGGGCUAUCCGGCCAAGAUCGUGCACGUGCAGAUGGGCAAAGUGACGUACCAGAUCCCCGAUCAGCUGCUAAAGGCCGGUGCAAUCAACCUCCACAAUCCGCACCUGCUCACGAAGGAUCAGCUGGAGAAAAUGAUCACGGAGAAGGAUCCAGAGCUUGAGUAUCGGAAGCACCACAACAACAACUCCACCUGGCAACGCUACAUGCCGAUGUUCUACAAGGGCAUCAAACAGAACUACGUGCGUUGUCUCGAGUGUGGCUGGCUUGUCCUACACAAAGCUAGCACCGGUACCGGUAGUCUGCUGCGCCAUCGGUGUAAGAUCAAACUACCAUCCGGUGUCGAGGUGAAGCUCGAACCGAAAGCCAACUCCAGCUGGAACGCAACGAAUGGUGCAGGUGGUGGUGCAACUGGUGCAGGUAGUGGCGGCAUUACCACCGGAAGUGGCUGCAAGGGAUCGAAUAAAUCGGCCGCGGCCAUCGCUGGCAUACAGGCGAACAGUACGGGUCCGCUAGGAACUGCACCGGUCCCCAAGUUUGCACCGCACCAUACGAU